AUGUCUACUGUACAGAACGCAGUCGCAGUUACGGAAAACACUACGAGCUCUAUUAUGAAACAGCCGUCCAGCGAGAAAAUUGGGCAGUAUGCCACUGAUACGAAUGGGACACUUCCUAGUGGCACCGCUGUCCAUGUCGAAGUCAAGCCGAUGCUUCCAAAUGGACGUGUCGGGAAGGAGGGGACCAAAGAUUUCCCCAACAACCUAUUGGCGCGGGCUUCUAAUCAGAGUCAUCACUUUGCCAUGGCUCCGGAGACGUAUGACUCCGUGUCCGUAAAAGUUCAAACCGCAUCUACCGCCCCUGCCAGUAUGGCGCAGCCCCCUAGGAAAGGACUGUACAAGCCAAGGGGACCGACAAAUACCACCACGUCGGGGAAGCCCAAACCCCAGCCCAAACCCCAGCCCAAACCCAAGCCCACCAAGCCCACCAAUGGUGUAAAAUAA